AUGGCUCAAGAAAAAAUAAAUAGAAGAGGUCAAGAUCAAAAUCAAAAAUUACCAUAUCCUAAUAUGAGUGUAGCUCUUUCGGCAACUAUACAACAAAAUUCACAUAAUUUAUAUAAUCUAGAUUCAAAUAAUCUCAUGAAUCCAUCAAUACCUAAUUUAACGUCUGCUGAAUGUCGUCAAUCAGAAGAACUCAAUAAUCAAAUGAUGAAUUGUUUGAGUUUUCAACCUGUUCGAUCGACUAGUGAAUUUGUACGAAAACAAUUACAAAAUACAAUUCAAGGACGACAAAAACCAACUGGUGGAAAAGAUUUAUCUGGAGUAACAGGACAUAAUUCAUUAUCAGCAAAUCUUGAUUGCAAUCAAAAAGGAGCAUUUUUUCGAACUCAUUUGUCUUCUCAAAUGUCAACUCCUCCAUUACAAACAACAAUAAGACCUCAACAACAAGACAAAACAACAUGA